AGGACAAUAAGAGGAGUUCGUUGUAUUUUAUUGUGAUGUAUUUUCGACUGUUGGCUGUAAAAUUCACAGAUAUACUGUUCGAACUUGAGAAUAUAAUUCAGUGGACGUCAAGGUAUAUAAGCUCGCGUGCUGGAGGAAAAUCCGGGAAAAGACUCAUUAGUAUCCAAAAAAUUAUCAGUUCCCUUGUCUCGUGAGUUAUGGAACCAAGCGACAAGAAUGUGGAGGAGAGCGAUGUGAAGAGCGUAAAGCAAGAGGAGUCGCUCUGGGAAAAGAGAACGGACAAGAGGAGCCGUAAGAAUGGCCGAGGCAAGAGGGCCAAACCCUGUCGCGCCCAGCUGAGUGCCUCCCAAGAGGAGGUGGCCCACCUGUGGAAAGCAGCCCGCCUCGCCCCGGCGCCAGGAAACAGCAUGAAGGUGAUUCUGACCGCGGCGGAAAGCAAGAAAUCGGACUCAAGCAGAUCCAGGGGUGUUUGCAACGGAAGCAGCAAUACAAGUUCUUCUAAAGCUACCGAAAUGACCACAUAUUCAUACAAACUGCGGUCAAGAUAUGGCUAUGAGCCUCUGGAUUACGUAGUUGAAGAUACAUUCAUCUUCUGCCAUUGGUGCAGGGCGUUGUGCGAGGGAGUCUGCCAGGACCACCCGCCGCUCCUGGUGCUCAACAAGGAGGUCCCGCGCGACGGCAGCCGCAGCGACCGCGCCCGCCAGACGACGCCAUGGCCGCUUCGAGUCGCCGAGUCGCCGAUCGCGGGCGCCGGAAUGGGCGUGUUCACGAGUGCCCGUCUGCCGCCGGGCCUCGUGUUCGGGCCGUACGAGGGCCGGAUCCGGACUGACCCGAAAGAGAGCGGGUACGCGUGGCAGGUGAGGUCGCCAUCGCACAAGAAAAAGACGGUUGAUAGCGUGGAUGCCUCGGUCAGCAACUGGAUGCGCUACGUGAAUUGUUCCAAGACUGAUGUGGAGGCAAAUCUAGAAGCCUUUCAGUUCUUAGGCAAUAUAUAUUACCUAAUAGUUACAUACAUAGAGGUAAAUUCGGAACUGCUUGUGUGGUAUGGCGAUGAAUAUGGCCAAGCACUGCAGUCAGCCCCGGACUCUGAGAUCGAGGACGUGGCCGAUGGCAACGCCUUCGGGGCCCUCGAGGCUGGCGGGAACCUGGCUGGUGAUGGCAGGAGCAGUCCAGAUAAAAAGAAGAUCAAGACAGAGGAUGCUGCGGAGGCGCGAGGUGAGAGCCUGAGUUUGUCGCAGCAUGAAAUGGAGCCUUUGUUUACUCCGGUGGUUCUGGAACGAGCACCAGAUGGCUCGGCGCAGAUCCAGAUUGCUGCAUCUGAGCCGCCAGGCUGUAGUCAACCUCGUGGGCACUCGGGAAAGAAGGCUCCUCAGCAAUAUAGAAAGUUCGACUGUACAUAUUGCGUUGUUUGCAAAAAGACAAUCCAAGGAAUCUGUUCGAAGCAUCCAAUGCCUCUCCUCCGUGACGCGCCGGUACCUCGAGACGGCAGCGUGAAGGAGCGAGCCCGGCUAACGGCUCCUUGGCCCUUGGUGGUUUGCCAGUCGCACUCGCAGCUGAAGGCGCGCUCUAUUGGGAAGGCCACGCGACACAUUUACUCUCAAUCUGUGCCCUCAGCAAAAACCCGCGAGCAGAACCCUCAUGGAACGUCCGCGAGUGCGAGAGUGCGAGGGCGAGAUCUUCUACGAUCCACAAUAACACGAGAUAUUCGAGCAGUGCGCUUCCGCUGGAGGGGCACCGCUUCAUUUAUCGUCAUCUCCAGUCAUCUUGUUAUUACACAUACUGCAUUGACAAGUCAACACGAUUUUGCCCAUCAACGUCUUAAGUAUCAGGCUGUGAAUCGCAUACUGUUCUACCUGUCACAUAUAAACACUGAGCUAUUGGUGUGGUAUGGAGACGCCUACGGCAGCUGGCUAAUCUUUCCCUUGCCCCAGCUCCUGUCGGGCGACGGAAAUGACCAUCUGGGGGUAGCUGGAGGAAGCAGGCAGAACAAGCGCUCCGCGUGGAAAAGAACUCGCUCCCGAGCUAGCGCGAGAGACCGGGAGCUCCGACGCCAAGAUCCGGCUCGAGGAAGCGCCACGGAGAUGACGGAAGGACCCACAAAAGGUCCUUCAGAUAGUCGGCGGGAGACUAGUGCCGAGGAUCGUUGCCGGACGGUCGUCAAGGUGAGGUGUCCUUCGGGAUAUGCCAGCAUCGUGGAGCUCGGUUUCGAAAAACCUCAGAACAAGGGAAGUGGCGUCGCCCUGCUUGCCGGACCCUCAUGGGAAGACAUUCCUUCGUCUAGGAAUUUGCAGCAAGGUGCCGCGCCGGCCUUUCCCGUGGCACUCACUGCAAGUGCAGUUUGUGACAAAUACCUCGAUGAUUCAAAAUGUAUGUCUCUCCCUGGAACGAAAGAAAUGAUUUCGAUUCCCUGUAAUAAUAAUCGCGAGAUCAGUCAGCAGGGACCUGUGAAAGAGGCCUCUCCUGCGACCACGGCCAGCGUCUCAGAAAGCAUUCCCCGUCGCAGCAAGGACGCAGGCAUCGUAGGCUCGCCCGCUGGCGCGACACACCAGAGCGUCAUUGGCCUCGGCAGUCCGCAGGACCAAAAGCUGAAAGUUAAGAGGACUGAGGACUUGCAUGCUAACAGAAGCGCGAAGUUAAAGCUCCCAUCGGAGAGUAAUACCAGGGGAAAGGUGUUAGGCAUACAACGGAUAAUUCCGGAAGAAGUAAAGGAAUGUGUAGGAGCUCGGGCUCCUGGGAGAUUCCUUAACUUGGAAGAGUAUUUUCAGUCUCACAUUAAGGCAGUACUUUUGCCAGGGGAUUGUGCCAGAACGCAUCAGUAUAUUUCAAGCGAUCACUACAAAGUCAAGCGUUUAUCGGAUUAUGUCCCCGAUAUUAAUGAGGCAUGUGGCCCCAUAUCACAUGAACUGAGUGUAUAUGAAUGUUCUCAUUGCUACAGUCCUUUCGCUCUCAAAUGUAAUUUCAUUUUUCACUUGCAUAAGUGUUCUAAUGCAUUUCUUAGUAUCAAAUUUUGAAAGAUAUCUUUUUGUGCUUAGGAGAGCCGCGUUUUCAGUUUGCUUUUACUCUGAAAAGCUAUUGGUUUCAGCAACACCAUUGCUCAUGGAUUAUAUUUAUUGACUAUUUUGCUAUUUCUCUGUUUCAAGAUAUUUAUGAAAUGUUUAUCUAAUUAACAAGAUAAGUGUAUGAGAUUGUUAGGGUAUCGGUUUUAUCAGUAUUAAAUCUUGCAUCUAUUAGUUACAAACAUGAACAUGAACAAAGAAAAGAU